UUUGAAAAAAAAAUCAAGAUGUUAUCAUUUUCUCAAGCCGAGAUAUAUGCAAAACAAAGAUGUCUUGCAAACAUUUUUAUUAUGCUGAAAAAUAGCUCUAGUAUUUAGGUAGUUCGUUAUGAGUGUGGAAAAACCAACAGAGCAAGUCAAGAGAGACUUGUUUACACGAACUUUGUAGAGCUUUUCAUGGUGCAUCUUUUAAGAAAAAAAAAUCAAGAUUUUAUCAUUUUCUCAAUUCGGGAUAAAUGCAAAAUACAAAAUGUUGCAAAACUUUUAGAACACCCGGUAUAUAAAUUUAAUAUUAAAUUGAUUAAUCAUAAAAUAUUUAUUUAAAAAAAAAAAAGUUAAAUUUCUAUAGAUUAACAAAUAUAACAUCAUUGGAAGAAGAUUCUAAUCAAGAUGAAUAUAUAAAAUAUAAUAAAAAAAUAAUUAAUUCAUAUCAAAUGGUUUGCAGUUUAAAACAAUCAAUUAGUAUAUUAUGGCUUGAAUUUUUAACUGAUGUUAGAUUUGGUUUUAAUUAUACAACAUUUCGUUCAAUAUUUUCUGAAAUAAUUCCAUCAUUAUUAGUUAUUUUUUUAAAUAUUGGAAUAAUAAUAAAUGUUAUUAAAGCUACAUUAUCAUUUUCAAAAACAAAUAAAAAUUCUUCAAUAAAUAUUCGUCAAAUUCAUAAUAAUAAUUCAUUUAAAACAAAUGAAAAUUUUGAUGGUUUAAUUGUUCAUAAUCGACCACGUACAUCUUGGAUGAAUAUUGUUUUAAUAAUUCAUUCAUGUCUUUUCUUUUUUUCAUCAUUAACAUCAACAAUUGUACAUUGGUCAACAUCUAAUCCAUUAUUAUCACAUUGGACAAGUGUUGUUAUAUUAGCUAAUUGUUCAUUAAAUUUUUAUGUUUAUUGUUUAAGUGGAAAAUCAUUUAGAAAUGAAAUUAAAAAAUUAUUAUAUGAUUAUUUUCAAUUAUAUUGUUUUAUUAAAUUUAUGAAUUUAUUUCGAAAUAAAUCUCAACGUGAACAAGUUCAACAAACAAUUCGAAUGCGUAUUAUACGACAUAGAAAUAAUAAUUUAUCAGCACAAACAAAUACUAAUUUACAAACACCUUCAUUUACUCAAAGAUAA